AUGUUGUUGCCUCUUGCGAGGACGAUUGGACGUCGGUUUGCUUCGCAGGCCCUCAAAGAAGCUCCAGAAGCCAAAUGGGAUAUCUCGGCGGCUGUGGCACUGAUUCGCCUUCCGGUUAUUGCCCCUCCACUAACAGAAAUUGAGCAGAAAUUCAGCGAUCAACAACGUCAAAUCGAAGAUGAGGGGUCGCACUUGAGUGAUUUUGAGCUGAGAAUAAGGAAAGAUGCAGAGUAAGUGUGCUUUUUUGUGUUUCUUUUUUGAAUUUUAGAGCUGACCUUGGUGUUGUCCAUGAUGGAAAUGUUGAAGGAAUUGAAAAAUAUUCAAAUAAAUCGGCUCUUUUUUGGUUUUCAUUUGCCUACUAGCAAAACAGAAAUUGCAUGAAGCUUGCACGAUUUAUGCUUCCUUUUAGAUUAUUCGAAAAACGUCGCCAGCUUGAAGCACAGGGUAAAGAUCUAAGUGAAUUAGACGAACAAAUUGGUAUUCCGGCAACCCAGGAAGAAGAAGAAUACAUUAAAAAUGAAAAGAAGAUACGAGCAGAGUAUGAGUUGGAUAAUCGAAAGAAAUGGGAGGACGAAAGCGGGAAAUCAUUGAGGAAGGCGUUGGAUCGGAAGCUUAUCUUAUUGGUCAAGCAAAAGUUUAGUCAGAAUGAGCCCAAUUUUUGGACUAUUCCGAGUCUAAAGAACAAUGGAGAACCUUUACGAGAGGUGAGCGUUCUUUAUCUUUCGUUUUAUUAUUAUUAUUUAAAAUUUUAGACCGCCGUGCGCUGCCUUGGUGACAUCUUUGAAUCUGAUGUCAAUGUUAAUAUUCUGGGGAACGCUCCAGUGUCUGUAACGCAGUAUGAAUACUCUAAGAAGCUUGCUGACCAUCUACAAACUGAAGGGAAUCAUGUAUGUAGCAUUUGUUUAUGAUUUUCAUUCUUUUAGAUCUUCAUUUAUCUCGCAUACAUCAACGAAUUGGAUAAAGAGAUCCAAUUUAACAAAGAUCACGUUGCCGACUACAAUUGGACCUCACUGCCAGAACUGAAAGAGUUCAUCCACAAACGCCGGUAUCGCAAAAGGUUAGAGCAUCUCCUUUAUGAAUGAUUCCUGGACUUUUUUGUUAUCAACUGUUCAAUCUAGGUGUCAUGUUCAAUAUUAGUUGUUAUGAAUGAAGUGUUAUGCUUUUGCCUCUUUUCUAGUGUUUAUAUUAUCUGGAAAGGUCCAAAUAAAAUUUUUACGACUAUACAGCGCUAUCUGCGGUUAGUUUUACCACGAAAAAUUGAUUAAAAACUCUUGGCAUUCUGUUUAUUUUCCCAAAAAACCGGAUUUUAGUCCAAUUUACAUGAUUGGACCGCAUAAAGUUUAUGUCUCGAAGACACCGUGUUGUAACAGUAAAUGGAGCCACAGAAAGUGAUCUGGACGGAACGACCAAAGGAGUGGCUAGUGUAACAUUGGAUUCGGACCAUUGGUCAGAAAAUUCUGGAUCGAUCCGAACAAAGAGACGUCGGAGGAUGCGGAAGAGACGUAAGCUUUCAAGUUUUUUCUUUGUUUUUUAGUGAUUGGAUAUAAAUCCGGGUUAUCCAAGAACUUUUGAAGGUCUGAUUGUAAAACUCGAAAUUCCAGCUGCUUCUCAAAUGGAAUGGGAAGUCCACCUGAAGGAUCAAUCAGAGGUCGAGAAUUCGUCGGAAAACGAUAGCAGCUCCUGUAAUGAAGGGCAUGACGCAGAUGAUGAGCAAAGUGAUUGGCCAGAUUAUCAUCCAGAGAAAGACGAUGGAAAAGACUAUCAAACAGAGACCGAAGAGGAGGUGGUAGCUACAAUACGCGUGCGAAAUGAGAUCAUGGAGACCACACCCGAGCCAGAAUCCGCAAAUGAAGCUCCUCCAAUCAAAAUUGCGAGAUUUGCAAAGCCAAGUUUGAGAUGUCGAGAUCAGGCGAAUGGAAACAUCCCACCUCCAUUGAAACGGCGGAUUGAAAGGUUCUUGAACGACACAGUGCAGGGAGAGCUCUCCAUCUCACAUACCUACAGAAUUGCGGCAGUAAGCGCUUCUUUAUCAUAUUACCCAUCAUAGAUAAUAUAAAAAUUCGAAAUUUUAUUCGUGAAAGUUGACAAUUUUUAGUCGAAUUGACUAUUAUCUCUUUCCAGAUCCGCCGACUAAUAAAUCGACCAGAAAUUGAGGUGAUCAAACGACCUAAAGGCAAUAUCGUACUUCGCAAACCUGCUUAA